AAUUUCUUAGUUGCAAAGUCGCCGAUCGUGCGUGAGUUGGAACCAGAGAGAGAGAGAGAGAGAUCUGGAAACUCUACGCCUAUGUUAGUGCGUUCUAUGUGGCAGAUACUUCUUCAUUACUACAAAUGUAUGUACAUAAUUACUUAAAAAUGUCUAAACCAGCGGAGGACUAUUGGUAGGCAUUGGGGUCAAGAAUACCCAUCUACAACGUAAACAAACGACGAUUGCUUUGAAAGCAAUGACUAAGACGUCUAAUAAAAUGUCUGGUAUUACUAACAACAACAACAACAACAACAACAUCAAUACAAAUAACAAUACCAUAAACAAACUGAGUGAAAAGUUUUUAAGUACAAAUACAACAAAAAACAUAGAAGUGUCUACUCUGCCAGCUGGUGCCAACACCACCACAACCAACAAUAACAACGCCAUCUCCCUUAAUAACCCGAAAUCACAUAGCAACGACUGCGACAAAAUAACACAACAGCAAUUUUCUGCUGCGAUUUCUAGCAAAUUACAAGCCCCACAAUCACGUCGCUCGCUCCCAGCUCCUAGCACAACGCAACGCUCACUCCAACAGCAACAUCAUCAUCAGCAGCAGCAACAGCAACAGCAACAGCAAAGCGUGACGACGAAUUCCUCGGUAUUGCCAUCAGCCAACACAAUUACGAAAUACUCAAGCAGCUCCACAUUGCCUUCACACCAACUUCAAACCAUUGCCACCGUACACCAUCAUCACUCGCAACAGCACGCGGCGGAGGCAACUAUCGCUCCCAGCGGUACUACAAAAGCCGCACAACCACAGCAGCACCAUCCCACAUCCUCGAAUAACGUGAAGGAUCAUCAUCGCCACCAUCAGCCGGCGACAUCGAAGCAUUUGAGUAGCGAAAGUGACGGCACAAUUACCAGCGCACCUUUGUCCACUAAUUCCGUCACCUUACAGCAACAGCGCAACGCAUACAAUCUGCAGGCGCUUAAGGCCGCCGAUCAUUUGAAGGCACCAGCACACUCCAUACCGCCGCGGUAUCAGCCGCCACCCCAACCAGCAGGUAACCAGGCUGGCAUAUUGAAGCACAUAAGUAAUUUGCGUAGCAGCGGCGGCGGUGCUGAAAGUGUGGAAACCCUGCUUGGCCAACGUCCGUCCGCAGUUGGCAAUAAGCAUCAAACCACGUCAAAUUUCGAUACAACGCACUUCAAUCUUAAAUAUCCACCGGAUAUACCGCAACUGUCGCCUGUCUAUAUACCAGAUUCACUGAAAUUACCUGGUGGCAGCGGUCGCUACUUGCAAACGCAUCAAACACUUUCGCAGCGGCAACCCACACGACUAACAGGCAGUGUCGCGAAUCCGCAAUACUUUUACAACUCACAUCAACAACAACAACAACAGCAGUAUCGCCAGCAACAGGUGGAGCAGCAACAGCAGCAGCAUCAACAAGAUAUGCUUAAGUUUGUGCGAAAAACUGAUCAGGAUCAUCCAUCGCCAAAUGCUUCGAUUACCUCGAGUGCAGCAGCCGUGCCAACGGGCGGCACUCGGCUCACGGCCGAACAAAAUAGACAAUUGCAGGUACGUAAAUCUUUUCAUAAGUAGAUUUAGUAAUUUUUU